CUUCUGCUUUUCUAAGAAAUGUGUCAUUAUGAACAGAACCAAAUGACAGUAACAGAACAGAGGCAAAGGAGGAGAAGGUUUGCUAUUAUGGUGUUUCUGGUCCUUUCGAUUUAUUGGUCAACGUUUCUGGUUUUGUGGCCAUUGCAAGGGGCAACCGAAAGCAUCCAUCGAGAUGCCUGUCAAAAGGACAAGCUCCUGGAUGAGCUCUGGAUGCAAACGUCCUCAGGAGAGGAGUCGUAUUCAGAGUUGAGUGCCUUGAAGGAAACCUUUAUCUGCCUGCUUUAUCAGACAAAUCCUCUCAACUGCUCCUGGUCCUUCGUUUCUUUAAAGAAGGACACUCAUCUUGCACUGUCUGUCAGUGUUUGCAACGAUAACCUCACGGUUCAGUCGCUACACGAGUCGUCUGUGGAAAGAGCUGGAUGGAGGUCUUUGACCCUUCAGCAGCAGCCUGACAUGCUUUAUGUAGUUCUGCAAUUCAACAUGACUCUACACGAUGAGUGGACAACUUACAGCUACAUAUACAACAGACACAAACUGGAGGUGCUACCUCCAUCUCCAAAUAUCUCGGCCGUAAUCAAAGACGGAAACCUGUUAGUGACCUGGGCCCUGCCUCAAGGUGAAUCCGAAGAAGAGUGCUUUGGACAUCAGCUGGACCUGGGUGACCACAAAGCACCCAGAAAUGUGAGCCCGGAGCUGUCGUAUAAAGAGCCCAGUGUGGAUCCCACUCAUACCUACAGGGUGAGAAUACGAACAAGGAAACUGGAUGAAUGCUUUGGCUCGUUUGAAUGGAGUGAAUGGAGCCCGACUGUCAUUAUUGAGCGGUCGCCCGAACUUAACACCACGUGUCUCGUCGUUAUGCUGUGCGGAAUACCCAUGAUUCUCCUGGCCGUGCUGCUGAUAGUGUACCAUCAGAGGAUUGUCAAACUUCUGUUUACUCCGAUCCCUUGCCCUCCACCGAGGUACAUAUACUUUUUGGAAAAAGGCAACACAUUCCCUGAUGUUCAUCGUGCCGUGUCCAAGUAUGAAGAGGUGGUUACAAUUGUGGAGGAAAUAGAGAAGAAUCCGGAGAAAAUGAUUCAAUUUUAUGUUAAUAGUGUAAAAAAAUGACUUACAUUUGACAAGUAAAAGAA